GAUAAUGAAAAUUGAAAAAGCUUUUCCUGUUUAGCGAAGAACUUCGAAGUUCAAAUUUGAUUAGAAAUGGUGGCUUUGAGUUCUCUGCAAUCGCUUACUUCUCUAAUUCUGAUGAACUCUUACUCUUCUUCUUCUUCUUCUUCUCCUUCUCCGUCAACGUCUUCUCCCAAGGCCUUUCUUACGAGGCGAAAAUCGAUAUUCUUUGCUUCCUCUGUUCUGGGUUCUUUUCUCCAUUUCUAUACUGACCCAGCACCUUCGUUUCAGUUCGCAAGGGCCGAAGAGGAUGAAUUUGAGCAAGAAGAAGAACAUGUUGUUCAGUUAUUCCAGGAAACAUCACCAUCAGUGGUUUUCAUUAAAGACCUUGAACUAGUGAAGAACCCCAAGGGUACAAAUGAAAUCAUGUCAACUGAAGAUGGAAGUGCAAAAGUAGAAGGGACAGGUUCUGGCUUCAUUUGGGAUAAGACUGGGCAUAUUGUCACCAAUUAUCAUGUUGUAGCUAAAUUGGCUACGGAUACAAGUGGGCUACAGCGUUGUGAGGUGGUUCUCGUGGAUGCCAAUGGCAGCAAUUUUACCAAGGAAGGCAAAAUCAUUGGUUUUGAUCCAGCAUACGAUCUGGCUGUUCUGAAGGUCGAUAUGGAAGGGAAUGAGCUAAUACCGGCGAUUCUUGGAACAUCUAAUGAUUUACAUGUGGGGCAGAGCUGCUUUGCCAUUGGGAAUCCUUAUGGAUAUGAGAACACUCUAACAACGGGGGUAGUCAGUGGGUUAGGCAGGGAGAUACCCUCACCUAAUGGGAAAGCUAUUAGAGGAGCCAUACAAACGGAUGCUGCUAUUAAUUCAGACUCUCGCUCAGCUCAGACCUGCACACAACUGAUAAGAAAGGGUUGACUGGAAGGGGGCUCCGAUGCCUAAGUCAGUAAUGGAGUUAAAAGGAAGAAAGAACAAGGUAGAGUUCAGUGUAUUCUGGUUGCCCUUACAUGCGAUUUAGCUAUCUCUCCCCUUUUAUACUGGUCGGUUCUUAUGGCCAUUGGAGGACUAGUCACUAUCCCUUCUGACGUGGACCAGAAUGCUAUUGGUGGGCUCUGCUCCAUCUCAGCUGAGGUGGACGAUCUCAUAACAGUUAAUCUCACCAUGGUUACUUUUAGAUAUUAUAACUGCUAACCGGAACAUGGUUGGGUUAUUUACGGUUAUGGUCAGUCACAGUUAGCCUAUGGAAAAAGAGAGAAUCUAGAGGACACGUGGUCGAUGGGGAUGAGCAUUGUAGGUGUGUCGCCUGGUCGAUGGGGAUGAUAUGCCCUAGUCAAGUCGGUGGGGACCUGUCUUAGUCUGGGGGGACGACCAGAUGCUAAAGGAUAAGGACGACAAGUUCUUAGCCGACCAGGUAUAAUCAGGAAAGUAGUUGACUCGUGGUUGAUGCAUGUGUCUCUUUCUCAUUGGUCAGUGCUAUUUUGGUAUGUUAUUCAGUGUCAGUAAAUUUGGUGAAACUCUGAACUUCUAAUAAAAUUAUACAUCGAAAAACAUGACUCAAGUCAGCUAGCUCUAACAAAAUAAAACCACAUUACAAGAAGUAACAAAGGGCUUGAAGUUCGUCUUCGGCAAUUUAUGAAGGACAGAGAUGGCUUCAUCAAUCUUGCCAGAUUUACAGUAGGGGUCAAUGAAAUUGUCAGUGCCUGCUCCUUCAGGUUCGUCCGUGAAAAUCUAAUGGACAGAAACAGAACUGUAGGAAUGCUACUGCUUUGAUUAAAACAUCCAUAGUAAAGAUGCUUACUGUCUGCUCUUGAUUCAACACACUUUCACUCUAGUGAACGAGUAGAUAUUGCUACUUCCUCUCGACCCAUAGUAAUCUUAGUUGAUUAGAUCAUUGAAUUGUUUCUUUCUCUUGAACUUUUGAAAUAAAUGAGAA